CACUUCCGGUGUGACAUUUACGAGUUCACCGUGGAUCUAGCUUGGUUGUUAGUCUGUGUUUUUCGUUGUAUUUUAGGAAACGUUUAUUAACAAUGGUUUUCUAUUUUACUAGCGAAGUUGUGUCCCCGCCUUAUACCAUCUAUAUGGGAAAGGACAAAUAUGAAAAUGAAGACCUUAUAAAGUAUGGGUGGCCAGAAGAUAUCUGGAGCUUCCGGGGGCUGACAAUAGAUGGUAUCCCAAAAGAAGUGCUGAUUGACUGUGCACAGCUAGUGAAAAACAAUAGUAUUCAAGGCUGCAAAAUGAACAACAUCAGUGUCGUAUAUACACCAUGGACCAACCUAAAGAAAACUGGGGGCAUGGAUGUAGGGCAGAUAGGAUUCCAUCGGCAGAAAGAGGUAAGGCUUGUUGCAGUAGAAAAGAAAAUUAAUGAAAUUGUAAAUAGGUUGGAAAAAACAAAAGAAGAGCGCUUCCCUGACCUGGCAGCGGAAAAAGAAUCCAGAGACAGAGAAGAGAGGACUGAGAAAAAAACACAAAUCCAGGAAAUGAAACGAAAUGAAAGAGAAGAAAUGAAGAAGAAAAAAGAGUUGGAUGAGCUGAAGAGUUAUUCAUCACUUAUGAAAUCAGACAACAUGACCACCAAUGAGGACGGAAAUGACUCGGAUGACUUCAUGUAAAAAAGGAAGCGUUAUCUGUUGAAUAUAAGCAUUUGGAUUUGAAAGACUCAUUGGAUUGGAUGCCAAAAACUAUUCUUUAUAAAAGACCACUUUUUUCUUGGCCAUAUUAAGCUUAGAAAUUACUUCCAAUGACUUGCUGAAGAUUCUUUACGCACAUUUGAGGGUGAAGUCUGGCCUUUUGAUGACACAUUUACUCAUUGCUUCAAGAACAGUUGCAUGAAAGCAGUUCUGUUGCACAGCUGUAUCUAGAGCAAGCCAAAACAGCAGUGUAAUUUUUAUUUAAAGAGAAACAUGUUUGUAAUAUGAGUUGGCUACUUUGUUUAAUUGAUAAGGGACUGAAUAGUGAAAUCUCAUUAGAUGUUCAAUAUUGUAUAAGUAAACAUCGGGCCAUCCUGUGUUGUGUUGAUGUAAAGUGCAGAAACAGUGGACCCAGUUAUGAUGGAACUGUUCAUUCAUAUAGAUAGAUAGAUAGAUAGAUAGAUAGACAGACAGACACCAUAUUACUUCAAUUUGACGCC